AUACCAUCAUCAAUUAAAUUAGCAGACCCGACAUUUAAUCAGCCUUCGCAAAUUGACGUCUUAUUGGGCGCUGAAGUUUUCUGGGACAUCAUCGGUACAGAAAAGCGCCGUCUAGGGAACAAGCUUCCCAUUCUUUACAACUCCGAGUUUGGUUGGUUAAUAGGUGGCCGCAUGCCAACUAAGGGCAAGACUGUAAAUAAUACGAUUUCGUGCAAUUUCGUGGCCAGCCAGAACGUUACCAACCUAGACUCACAACUUCAAAAAGUCUGGGAGUACGAAGACUUUCCCAAGCAUCAUGAAACUAAACCUAUUUUAACCGAAAGUGAAUCGCACUUUAUUGAGAACACAACUCGUUUAGAAAAUGACCAAUUUUGUGUUAGGUUGCCCCUUAUUGACACUCCCGAUUGUCUGGGCGACUCUUACUUCUUCGCAAAAAAGAAUAAUAUUAAUUCUGAGUUAGGAAAUAUACAAAAUGAUAAUCUCGUACUGAGUCAAUCACUUCAUACGUUAGGAUUGUUAUGGAGUCCUACGCAAGACACUCUUCAUUUUAAUAUUGACGACAGUCAUUCUUCAUCUGAUAAAGUGACUAAACGGUCUAUUUUGUCCACGACUUUUAAGAUAUUUGACCCUUUGGGCCUAUUGACCUUGUGUACUGUCAAACCCAAAAUUCUCUUACAGAAACUUUGGUCUCUUAAAUUGGACUGGGACACACCAGUGCCGCCUGAAAUUCAGCGCGCCUGGGCACACUUAAUAGAUAACAUUAAAUACCUAAAACUUCUUACGGUGCCCAGGAACAUAUUUGAUAACAGUGACUCACCUUCAUUUAUUGAGCUUCACUCCUCUGACGCCUCGCAGGCUGCGUAUGGCGCUUGUAUAUAUGUCAAAGCCACCUUUCCCUCGGGCAAACAAACUGUAAAUUUGCUUUGCUCUAAAUCACGUGUGAGUCCGACACGUUCUGCGACUAUUCCGAGAUUAGAACUUGCUGCGGCGCUUCUUGCCAGUCGCCUUGCUUCGACGGUAAGCAAAGCGUUUCGCAAGCCUAUAGCACGCUGUACCUACUGGUCCGAUUCCAGUGUAGUAUUAGCAUGGAUUAAUACAUGCCCCUCAAAAUUAAAAACGUACGUCGCAAACCGUGUCGCAGCUAUUCAAGAGCUCACCGAGAGCUCGACGUGGCGCCAUGUCCCCACGGCUCAGAAUCCUGCCGAUCUUGCAUCUCGCGGGAUCGACCCUCAGCAUGUACAGUCUCAACAGUUGUGGUGGCAUGGCCCGUCCUAUCUUCUAGAGCCCGAGGAAAGUUGGCCAGUUCUUAGUACUAACCAUAUGGCUCAUGCCUUACCUGAACUUAAAACUACAAGCUCUUCAUUUCUGACCAACGUAGUAGAACACGAAGAGGAUGUUCUCAUAGAUUUCCAUAAAUACUCACAAUUAAGUAAACUCAAAAGGGUUAUUGCCUAUGUAUUACGCUUCAUCAAUAUUAAAUGUAAAAAACAAUGUACAAGGGGCCCGCUAAGUGCAAUAGAACUUGAAAAUGCUUUAACUGUUUUGGUGAAAUUGUCACAACAACAAUCAUUCCCUGUAGAUUUACCCGCACUUGUAAAUAACAAAAAACUAAGCCCUAAAUCACGUCUCACGUCAUUAGCUCCAUUUGUUGACUCUCAGGGGAUCCUGAGAGUAGGGGGCAGGCUAGGUAAAUCUAGAUAUGACUUUUCGGUAAAGCAUCCUAUACUUCUUUGUUCCAAACACACACUCACAAAACUAAUUUUCAUUUAUGAACACAAACGCCUCUUGCAUGCGGGACCUCAACUCAUGUUGGCAGCCGUGCGUGAGCAGUUCUGGCCUAUUGGGGGUAGGGACUUAGCACGACGCACGGCUCACAAAUGUGUUAUUUGCAUUCGGCAAUAUGGCCGAACAAUGUCCAAUAUAAUGGGCAAUUUGCCACCACAACGAGUCACGCCCGGCUUCCCAUUUUCUACUGUAGCUGUCGAUUUUGCAGGUCCAUUUUUGAUCACUGAUCGGCGAGGCCGUGGCUGUAAGAUAACAAAAUGUUAUCUAUGUCUCUUCAUCUGUCUUAGAUUUAAAUGUGUACAUUUGGAGGCAGUGAGUGAACUUUCUAAGGACGCCUUCAUAUUGUUCCUGCGCCGCUUCAUUUCGCGUAGGGGUAAGCCAAAAGAAAUAUACUGUGACAACGGCAAAAACUUUGUUGCCGCUGCCAAAGAAAUUAAUGCCUUUUUUAAACAACAUUCUGGCCCUAUUUUAGAGUUUGCAGGUGAUCACAAUAUUGAAUUAAAAUUUUCCCCGGCUUACGCUCCUAAUUUCAAUGGCUAUGUAGAGGCUGGCAUUAAAUCAGCAAAAUUUCAUAUUAAGCGCAUUUUAGGGAACACGCACCUCACCUUUGAGGAGCUUUCGAGUUUAUUUGCUCAAAUUGAGGCUGUCCUUAACAGUCGUCCUCUCUGCCCCCUUUCUUCCUCUCCCAAUGACUACGCAGCGCUCACACCCGGGCACUUUCUCCUUGGCAGGCCACUGACGUCGCUUCCGGCCCCGGACCUGACAGAAGACAACACUCGCAACCUGGACCGCUUCAAUCGGCUGGAGCAGAUAAGGCAGCACUUCUGGAAGCGGUGGCAGUCCGAGUACGUCAUGGAGUUGCAGCAACGUUCCAAAUGGAAAUCGCGCGCCAGGGAUCUGCAGCAGGGAGACCUAGUACUAAUAAAAGACGAGAAUCAGCCCCCACUGUUAUGGCGUCUGGGCAGAGUGGUGAAACUUCAUACUGGCUCAGACGGAGUACCACGGGUCGCUGAUAUUGACACCGUGCGGGGAGUUGUCAGACGGGCUCUGAACCGCAUAUGUCUUUUACAUGAUUCUUGAAAGCAGGGCUUUCAAGGGCCCCCAGCAUGUCUGCGCCGCUGCUUACAACGUCAUCAGACGACCGCGGGGGGAGGAACCCCCGCCACCAGCCGCCGGCGCGCC